CCAUUACAACAAAUUCCUUUCCUCCCAAUGUAACGAUGGGACUCGGACACCGUUAGUUGACAUUACACAGAGUUAAUCAUUUGUCUUCGCGUUUUAUAUCUUGAAAUCAAAAUUUUACGGGCGAAGUUAUAAAUGAAAUAAGAUAUCUGAAGCGGAACAGUAUAGUCAUGAUCGGGGUUUUAGUAGUUGUUUUAUUUGUUUUACUUUCCUGUGCUCAUGGACAAGGAAUGAGCACAGAAUCGCCUUCACACAAGCCGCCUAUCCCGUUCAUGGAUUUAUUUACGGGUGCUUCAAAUUACUAUACAGACCCAAUACGGAAAAUAUAUUCUGAUCAGGAUUCAUAUUCUGUAUCAUGCCCGAAGUCUGAUACGCUUUCGAGUUUCGCGAACGUGCUAAGUAGUGCUGCUAAAAUCAUGAUAUCAGCUGCAAUUAUUGUUUUUUUUAAAUUUAUGGUUGGGAAAUUGAUGCUAUUCCCACUUAUCUUUGUUCUUUUAGGAAAAAUAAGUUUAAAAAUAUUUUUGUUAUGGCCAAUGUUAUCUAAGAUUAUGAAGUAUUUUAAAAAGAAAAAGAAAAAAGGACAUAAAGGAAGGAUGAUAACAGAUUGUUCACAAAGGGUCGUUUGUGUUAUUCAAAGAUCCUCAAAGGAUUGGGGCAGUAACUUGGGAGCUGCUACUACGUUUCUUUUAAUCGAUGAUAUAGACAAAGACAGUUCCUAUGCUAAAGCCAUGUUGCAUAUCUUAGCAGGUGAUAAUGUUGCAGAAUGCAUGUCGAUGGAUUGUUAUUCUGGUACUGAUAUAAGUUAAUAUACACAUCUACAUGUGUAUAUGUUACACCUGCCUUCCAAUAGGAUAGAAAAAUAUAAAGAAACGCAAAAUGCUCCGAUUCAAAUAAACUUCUUUAGUUUCCUCCACGUUCAUAAAUUUGUUUAUACAAGUUUCUGGAAGUUGAAAAUGUGUACUUAUUUGUAACAGAAACUUUAUUUUUAAC